UUGUUAUAUAGCCCCUUUCCCUCCCUCACUCUUUAAUUUGCUUUCACUUCCUCUCUGUCAAAUACUCUGUUCUGUCUCUGCUCCCUCCCCUAUUCUGUUCAAACCCCUUUUUCUGUUCACUUCAAAAAAAACAACAACAAAGGGAAUGGGUGCUCUUGAUUUCCUUUCAGAUUACUUCUCAGUUUCCACCCCUAAAAAGAAACGCAAACCAAUGCAGACAGUUGAAAUCAAGGUGAAAAUGGACUGUGACGGCUGUGAAAGAAGAGUUCGGAAUUCUGUUUCCAACAUGUCAGGUGUGAAACAAGUAGAGGUGAAUAGAAAGCAAAGCAAGGUAACAGUGACAGGUUACGUGGACAGAAACAAGGUCCUAAAGAAAGUGCAAAGCACUGGAAAGAGAGCAGAGUUUUGGCCCUAUAUUCAGUACAACUUGGUGGCAUAUCCCUAUGUGGCACAGGCAUAUGACAAGAAGGCACCCUCUGGCUAUGUCAAAAACACCGAACAAGCACUCCCAAACCCAAACGCACCUGAUGAGAAACUCACCUCCCUCUUCAGUGAUGACAACCCUAAUGCAUGUUCGAUCAUGUAAAUCAACAUGCUAGGACUACCUUAGCUUGCAAGUUCAUAUGCUUCACUUUUUAUGUGUGCAUAUAUAGUUUCUUGGAGGCUAUUUUUGAAUCUCUCAAUUUCUAGCUGUAUUGUCUGUGUUCUAGGGACUAGGAAUUAGGUUCUGCGUUUAAGUUGGAAGAAUAGAUGGAAAUUCUGUUUGCUGCAUGUGACAAUCGUUGAUAUAGUUGUGUACUUGUGUAGUUAUGUUUAAAUAUUAAUAGCUACUGUUAUACUUUAUGAUCAUCUUGUGCAAAGUUUUUAUAAAAUAAGUAGUUCUGAGUAA